AUGUCAGAACGCGAUCUUCAAACAAUUCUCCAGAAACUCAAAUCCCCAUCAACAUCCUACCAAGAGAGCUCAUCACUCCUCUCCAAAGCUAAACUCACACUUCUCAAAUUAAAUGCCUUGACUCCUCAAGCAUCAACCCCAUCGUCUAUAUUAUCUCUUGCUCGCGAAGUCUUCGAAACGGGUGCCUUGGUUUCUAUUCGUGCAAAAGAUCCAGCUGCUUUCACACGUUAUGUUCAUCAAUUAACCCCAUACUACGAGCUACCAGCCGACAACUUCAGCGCUAAGAGUUCGGGAGAGAAGAACAAGAUUACGGGAUUAUACCUUUUGUUGUUGUUGACGCAGGGAGAUUAUGCGGGCUUUCAUACGGAAUUGGAGGGGUUGGAGCUGAGGGGUGAGAAUGGUGGGAAGAAGGUUGAGGAGGAUAAAUAUUUGGGAUAUCCGAUUAAGUUGGAGAGAUGGUUGAUGGAAGGUAGUUAUGAUUUGGUUUGGAGGGCGAUGGAGGGCGGUAAAGUGCCCAGUGAGGAGUAUGGAGUUUUCAGUGAGAUCUUGAUCAACCAAAUUCGCUCUGAAAUUGCCUCAUCAUCCGAAACAGCAUACCCAUCCAUACCCAUCUCAUCUACAAAGAAUCUCCUCUUCUUACCAUCAGAAGGAGCAGUAAUACAAUUUGCGCAACAUAGAGGAUGGCUGAUUGAAGAUGGCCGGAUAUACUUCCCUAAUCAAAAGUUAAAGGGUGGUGUGGAGGCUGGAGAGGUAGCCGAGGAGAAGGAAGUUAGUAUGACAGCAAUUGAGAAUACGCUUGGUUAUGCUAGGGAGUUGGAGACGAUCGUAUAA